UGGGGAGCUCCGGGGCUGAAGUUCCUGCUCAGAGGCUGUUGCUGCUGCUUCCAUUGUGACCCGGGAGCCCGGGCUAAGCCGCUACUGCUCCCCAGUGGGGUUUGUGACCUGCAUUAACUCCCCUCUGUGCCCAGCCGGGGGGAACUUUCUGCGGUGCCUGGAACCAGCCCCUGGGGCAGCCCCGGGCUCUGCCGACACCAGCCCCUGAGCCGGAGCCUGCAGAAUCACAUCCAAGAUUCACUCGAGAUCGUCCCAUCCUCCCAGGUGACGGGGAAGGAAAAUGGUUGCAGUGGAGCUGGUGACCUUCGAGGAGGUGGCUGUGUAUUUCACUGAGGAAGAAUGGGCCCUGCUGGAUGCGGGUCAGAGAGCUCUGUACAGGGACGUCAUGCAGGAGAACUAUGAAACCGUGACCUUGCUGGGAUUUCCAGUUUCCAAACCAAAUGUCCUUUCCUGGCUGGAACGACGGGAGGAGCUGUGGGUCCCUGAUCUCCAGAGCCACGAGGAAAGGGAGAGCCCAAGCAAUUCCCACACAGGUGAUGGGACAGUGAGUGAGAUUGAGGAGGAGAAUCCUCAGCAGGAAGGUCCUGAGCGAGUGGAACCACAGUGGAUGGUAUCAGGAAGAGGUGAAGGGCAUGUUUCACAGAGUCCUGAGGAAGGAGAGGCCCGUGAGAGUCAGAGCAGCGCAGAGAAGCAUCGGGGAAACCUCUCAGAAGGGAGACAGAGUAAAUCCACUCACAGGAGGAGAGGAGUCAAGAAAGUCAAAGAAACUAUUCAACAGAGAAUCCCCAUUAGAGAGAGACCCUACAUGUGCAGUUACUGUGGGAAAAGCUUCCAAUACAGAUCAGAACUCCUAGCACAUCAGAUAUUCCACACAGGAGAGAAACCUUAUGAAUGUCCUCACUGUGGAAAAAGUUUCAGUCAGAGCUCAGCCCUUAUUCAACAUCAGAGAAUCCACACAGGAGAGAAACCCUACAAAUGUAAUGAGUGCAGGAAAAGCUUCCGUUUGGGCUCAGACCUUCUAGCACAUCAGAGAAUCCAUACAGGAGAAAAACCCUAUGAAUGCCCUGACUGUGGAAAAAGCUUUCGACGGCGCUCAACCCUUGUUUCCCAUAAGAGAAUCCACACGGGAGAGAAACCCUACAAAUGCAAUGAGUGCGGGAAAAGCUUCCGUUUGGGCCCAGACCUUCUAGCACAUCAGAGAAUCCACACAGGAGAGAAACCCUAUGAAUGCCCUGACUGUGGAAAAAGCUAUCGACAGCACUCAGCCCUUGUUUGCCAUCAGAGAACCCACACGGGAGAGAAACCCUUUAAAUGCCCCCAAUGUGAGAAAAGAUUCACUAGGAAGUCACACCUUAAUCAACAUCAGAGAACCCACACGGGAGAGAAGCCCUAUGAAUGCCCCGACUGCAGGAAAAGCUUCAGUCAGAGCUCAAGCCUUAUUCAACAUCAGAGAAUCCACACAGGAGAGAAACCCUAUAAGUGCCAUGACUGUGGAAAAGACUUCUGUGACAGAUCAAGCCUCCGCAGACACCAGAGGAUCCAUACAGGAGAGAAACCCUAUAAAUGCCAUGACUGUGAGAAAAGGUUCAGUCGGAACUCAAGGUUUAUUAGACAUCAGAGAACCCACACAGGAAAGAAACCGAAUAAGUGCCAUGAGUGUGGGAAAGGCUAUUAUGAUAGCUCAAGCCUCAGCAGACACCAGAAAAUCCAUACCCGACACAAACCCUAGAAAUGUCCUGGCUAGGGAUGGGCUAUGUCAGUAAAACCUUUGCCAAUUCCCACAUAUCUAAGCAGGUCAGGCCAGGCUGAAAUGGCCCUGUAAUGAGGACAUGCCAUUGUUCUUAAAGCAGAGAGUGGAAUCACUUUUCUGGAACAGAGCUGGCACAGCAAGAGGCUGGGCCUGAGAUAAGAGUCCCAUGUUGCGAUGGGAUUUGAUUAUUACUUCUGGAGAAGCUCUGAACAUCCUCCAUUCAGGUCCUUCAUUUAAAUUUUGAGUUCUACACCUAGGACCCUAUUUUUAUCAUAUGCUGGGACUUCUCAUUUCUUCUUGAUAGUGUUUUAGGCUGGGAUCCACCAGGGGACUUAGGCGCUGGGACACUGAACAUUCCAACACAUAACUUUUAGGCACCUAGAAGAUCACAGGAACAACACUGAGAUCCAUAAACCUGAAUCAGGUGACUAGGCUCUCAGUACAAUCAAUUGGGCAAGAUGGGCAUCUUAGAACUGGAUUCACAAUAGCCAGCCCGCUGGGUGGGGAGCUACUUUAUCUAGCCAACAGGAGAUGCCAACAAGAGGGGUAUGUCCUAAACCCUGCCCCUCUGACGGAGAUAGGCACCUAUCUCUGUUUGUGCUUUAUGAACUAGUGAAAUUAGACACUUCCCUGCCAAUGAAACCCAUCCGAGUAUGCUUGUUCAGUGGCCAGCUAACUUCCCACAAAACAGCUGGGGGUGGGGGUGGUAGAAACUCACUCAUAACCUUUAACCCCGUGAUUGGGGUACUUGCACACAAUGUGGGACAGUCCCAGUUCAAGUCCUCCUUCCACUUGAUGAAGCAAAGUGAUAUGAACAGGGUCAUCUGCCUGUCAGGAUAGUGCCCUAACCAGUAAGGGUAUGUCUACAGAGCAGCUAGCCACCCCCAGCUGGCCUGUGCUAGCUGACUUGGGCAUGCUGGGCUGUUUCAUUGCUGUGUAGACGUCCAGGUUUGGGCUGGAGCCUGAGCUCUGGGACCCUCCCACCCCACAGAAUCCUAGAGUACUUGCUCCAGCCUGAGCCCAGAAAUCUACACUCAAGGAAGGAGCCCCCCAGCCUGAGCCCCUCAAACCCAAGUCAGCUGGCACAGGCCAGUCACGUUGUUUUUGUUUUUUUGCUGUAUAGACAUACCCUGAACUAAUGAAUAUUUUGAUGUGGGACUGAGUCAGUCUCUCCUGUGUGUAAAUAUUUAAAUAGUAACUUGGCCAUAGAGAGCGAGAGAGUGACUGACUCUGCAGCCUGGGGGUUAGGGCAUCCACUGGUAAAGUGGGCUGCCCUUGGGUGCAGUCCUCAUUCUCCAAUGACUCUUUAAGUUUCCCUGAAGACUGUAGCCAGUAUAUGUACAGAGAUGUGAAGUAAGGCAGUAAUGCAAUAGACUACAGGUCUUAAGCCUGUAAGACAGUAGCUGAGCCCAAGUAGCUGAGCUCUAAGGUCAAAGCCUUUACAUAAGCAGCUAACCCAUAAAUGACUUUAUAUUAUAAGAUGUCACAAGCUAGAGUAAUAUUAUAAGUAAGUGUUGCUAAAUUGCUGAUAGGUGACCACAAGCAGCCUGUUUAUACCAGUUUCAGGUAUUUUUAAGUUAGGAAUAUCAGCAGAUGUUUACCAGAAUCCCAUUGUAACUAACAGACAUAUAUGCUAAUAAGUUUGAGGUAAUGGAUUUUGUGAGCUUUGGAAGAAGGGCAUCCCAACAUUGAUAGGGUGAAGAAAUACAGAUCAGGAAAAGAGGUGGAAAUCACUACUGAAAAUGCAUUGGUAUGACCGGCAUUAGCUAACCUAUGAGAAAAGGUGGAACUUGGCCUGUCCACUCCAGGGAGGUUCUCCUGGAACCUGUCAGGCCAAAGGACCACUUGUGGGUCCUCUAAUCUAGUUGGGGGCUUCCCAGCAAAAGAUGGUAUGAAUAUGCAAAUGAGCUCAUGCCAGAGAUUGUCACAUCUUAUAUUGCCUCUAUUUACUGUGCUAAGUGUAGUGUUAUGACCGUAGUAUUGCACUAACAAAGCUGUUACAAAUUCAGAAAGUCUUUCUGAGGUGUCUGUGUCUCUGCCCUACCUGCAGGGGUCCUCACUAUGAUAUUGUUCCUAAGACAGAAGCGGAACUCAGUCAAAUCACUGAUUGUUGCACUGGGAAAUCUAAAUAAUAUCUAACCAAUAAAUCAGGCAACAAGACAGACUGCUAAGUCUUACCCCGAAGAAGAAGACUGCACACUAAACAACAGAUGAGAACUUCCACCUGCUUAAAAAUUCAGAAAGGUUUAGGAAAUCAAUGCUUAUUGCUAAAAUUCCAUGGGCAAUGUCUGUGCUUGGAAGGAAGUCAGAAUUUGGCCUUCAAAAGCAUAAUUAUUGUUGUCCUAGAACAUUGAACCCAUAGGAGUUCAGAUCUAUUUCAUAACACCAAAGUCUUGGGCUGUUUGGAGUUCUUAAUUGGAAAAUACCAAAGAUGUAUAUACUUAACAACUUCCAUCAAGCUAUGAAAAAUAUCCUAGUUUCAAAUGAUGCAAAAGAAAAGAAUUGCAGUAGAACUAGUUUUAAAAAAUAGCACCUACAAGCAGUUUAAAAUUGGGGAAAAUGCUCCUCAGAACAUAACUGAAGUUCUAGGAUUUGAAUCUGACAUCAUUGUGGCUACAACUGAUUUGGUGCUGAUUAAAAGAGCAUGCUUUCACCUGUAAUUGUCAUUUAUUGUUCACGUGUUAUGUGCAUAGUGCUGAGCUACUUUGCUUGGCUUACUAAAUUAUUUGGCUUACUGCUUAAAAGAGCUACCCUUCAAAUCUUUGGUUUGAUGAGGCCAUAACUAAAUCUCAGCUAUAUUUAUUGUGUUAUCAGUGCUCUAUGGAAAUUCAUCUUUUGAUGGUUAAUUUUGUUUUGCUGUCAUCUUUCAAUUCAAUUCCUAACCUAAAGUGCUGCUGACAAUUAGCUACUUCAUUCAUCACUAUUCUGCUCUGCCCUGUGUUUUGCACCCGCUCCCUGAAGUUGUCCGUCUUCGCAUUUGUAAGUGAGAAUUAUGUGUGGUGUGAGAAGCAUCCUUAGAUUGCUCUCCCUCGUAAUGUCACCCUGUGUGUGUGUGUGAGAGAAGUUAUCUUCUCACUUAAAAAAAUCUCACGCCAGUCUUUGUGUGUGUGUGUGUGUGUGUUCUAAACUUUAAAUCCUUUUAUGCUAAUGUCAGUUG